UCUUCCCUCAUGCAUAUUCCUUGGAUCUAUCUUCUUCCUUUUAAUUUCAGCUCAUACAUUACUUGGUUUGCAGCACUCACUCUAUGGCUACGAGCCGGAUAAUUUAGAGCUAUUUUUGCCAUGUAUUGUUAAAUUGGAUAUAAACUUUAAAUUUGGUUUAAACUAUCGUUUAGAAAUUGUUUAGUGAAAUUGAAAGAUCAACUUGAUGACGUUUUUUGAGCGAUUUUGAACUUCUUAUAUGUGAUAAUUUGAUAGCUUGUAUAGACACUCCACCAAUUCUCUCACGUGAGGCAACAAUGGAAGAAGAUAAAAGCCAGGACCAUGAUCUACUAUCUACAACAUGGCUUCCCCCUCAGGCAUCCGAGCAUGAGGAGAAUGGUGAUGAGCUUAUGGGCGUUGAAAAUGGUGAAGAUAAUUUAAACAGCGUUGAUCCAUAUAUCGGAAUGGAGUUCUCUACUCAUGAGGAAGCUUAUAAUUUCUACAAUGCAUACGCCAGACUUAAGGGAUUUGGUGUUCGCAAGGGUCACACAGCUUGGUCGAGAAAGAAAGAUGCAAUCCUAUCUAGAAUAUUUGUAUGUGACAAAGAAGGCUUUAAAUCUUUAAAAGAUAAAAGAGAAGAUGGUCGGAAUGUAAUUCGAAAGUUCGAUACAAGAUGUGGAUGCAACGCAAGGAUGGUUAUUGGACUUGAUAGAAGCACUGAAAAAUGGGUGGUCCGAAAGUUAAACAGUAAGCAUAAUGGUCAUCCAUUAACCACCCCAACUCGGGUAAAGAAGCACUACUCACAUCGGACACUUCAUCGAGCUCAAUCGACAAAAAGGUUGAUAGAUACUCUUGACAAUCAAGGUUUACGGCCUUCUGCCAUUUGUAAGGUUGUAGACGUUGCUCAUGGCAAUGAACAAGGCUCUCUCACUCAACAAGAAUGCCAAGCACAACUUAGACUUAAACGAAGAAACAACGUCGGCCAUGAGUGCGUGAACAUAGUUCGUCAAUUUCAAGAGAAAAAGGUAUCUGAUCCUCAAUUUUACUUCGCACUUGAUUUAGAAAAUGAUGGGACGAUGAGAAGUGUUUUUUGGAUGGAUGGUAGGGCGAGGACUUCUUACUUGCAAUUUGGAGAUGUUGUUUGCUUUGAUGUUACAUAUAGAACGAACAAUUUAAAAUUGCCGUUUGCACCAUUUACGGGCGUUAACCAUCAUCGACAGUCUACUCUAUUUGGGUGUGCGUUACUGGCCGAUGAAACGGAGGAGACGUUUAUAUGGUUAUUUAGCCAAUGGUUAAAAUGUAUGUCGGGUAUAGCACCAGUAACAAUCAUCACUGAUCAAGAUAAAGCUAUGUGUGGUGCUAUUUACAAAGUUUUUCCUAAAACUCGCCAUCGCUUUUGUUCUUGGCACCUUCGUAGGAAUGCCUUACAAAAUCUUCAAUCAAUGCAUAAUGAUUAUGGUGAGGAUGUUGGUGUAAAGUAUAACAAAUGGUAUUGGAGUAAAUCGGAAGAAAAAUUUGAAAAGCGUUGGGAAGAAAUGAGGGACAAAUAUGGUGCAGAUAAAAGGAGUUGGUUAGUAAAUUUAUACAAUCAUCGAGAUCAUUGGGCUCCAGUGUAUCUUAAAGACACUUUUACUGCAGGAAUGACAUCUACUCAGCGGAGUGAGGGAAUUAAUGCUUUUUUUGAUCAUUCUGUGAAUGUAAAUACCGAGUUACAUGAUUUUGUUAAGCAAUAUGAUAAUGCUACUGAAAAAGCAAUUAGGUGUGACAUGUGA